CAAUCCUUAGCUUGAAUUUUCAAAUCCUGAUUUUCAUAGCUAAAAAAUCCAAAGAAAAUUAUUUCAGUAAUUGUGUAGCCUAUAUAUACCAGAAAUAUCACAGUUUCUAAGGUCCAAGAUCAAGUUACACAACAUACACAUUAAUAUCUACACUAGUGAGCCAACAUGAAUAACACAAACUAUAUCCAAAACCAGUUGAACCAGCCAAAUUGUGAGAUGAAAUCGGAUUCAUGUGGCGUAACACAUGAACGACGAAGUGCUAAUUAUAAGCCAAACAUCUGGAGCUAUGAUUUCGUUCAGUCCCUUACAAGUGAAUUUACAGAAAAAAAAUACAUAGAACGUGCAGAGAAGCUGAAAGUUAAGGUUAUGCAUAUGUUAAGUGAAGUACCAGAGUUGUCGAAGCCACACAUAGUCGAAACCAUUAGGAAGCUCGGUCUGUCCAACGUAUUACACAUGGAAAUCAGGGACACCCUUGAUUCCAUGGUUUCUAAUUUGAACAGCAAUGAUAAUGCUUGUUUUGAACAGGAUAUCCUUGGUACUUCACUAAGUUUUAGGCUUCUUCGGCAGCAUGGCUAUAAUGUUUCGCAAGAAAUGUUAGUUGAUUUCAUUGGUGAGAUGGAUUUCCUCAUGGAAAACUCGAGUUCAAAAUUCGACCUUAGAGGCAUCCUUGAGUUGUUUGAGGCUUGUCACCUAGCUGUGGAAGGCGAAGAGCUGAUGGAAAAGGCUAAGGCUUUUUCCCACAAGUAUCUCACUGACAACUAUUUGGACAUGGAUGUCAACCUUGCUAAACAUGUUACUUUUGCCUUAGAAAUUCCAUGCCAUAGAAAAGUCUUGUCGUUUGAUGUCAGCCGCCAAAUUCGUUAUUAUGAACUCAAAGAUAAUAAGAAUCUAAUAUUACUUGAAUUGGCUAAGCUAAAUUUCAACAUUGUACAAGCCAUGCACUUGGAAGAUCUCAAAGAAAUGUCGCGGUGGUGGAAAAAUCUUGGGCUUAUAGAAAACAUCAGCUUCACACGAGAUCGAUUAGUUGAGAGUUUCUUAUGGACAGUUGGAGUCGCUUGUGAACCACAACAUUCACUUCUCAGAAAAUGCCUAACAAAAGUUGUAACUUUUGUACUUGUUCUUGAUGAUGCGUAUGAUAUAUAUGGUUCUUUUGAAGAGCUAGAGUGUUUCACCAGGAUUGUGGAGAGAUGGGAUUAUAAAGAAGUCGAACAACUUCCAGAGUGCAUGAAGAUUUGCUUCCAGGCACUAGUAACAACUACUAAUGAAAUUGCUACUGAUAUCCAAAAAGCUAAAGGCUGGAAUGACAUAUCGCCUUUCUUAAAAACUGGCUGGGCUGAUUUUUGCAAAGCUCUGCUAAGGGAAGCUUGGUGGUACAAGAAGCGAUACAUACCAUCACUCGACGAUUAUCUGAAUUCAGCAUGGAUCUCUUCCUCUGGUCCUCUGCUUUCCCUUAUUGCUCUUCUCUGCACUGCUGAUUGUACAUCAGAGGAGCUGAAUGAUAAGUGGGAAGACAGUCAAGAUCUCAUAUAUUACUCGUCGUUAAUCAUUCGACUCUUGAAUGAUCAAGGAACUUCAGCAGCGGAACUUGAGAGGGGUGACGCACAUUCAUCCAUCAUGUGUUACAUGGUAGGUGCGGGUGUAACAGAGGAGAUAGCUAGGGAGCAUAUGAAAGAUAUAAUCGACAGUGCUUGGAGUAAAAUCAACAUGGAGUUACUCAGUGCGACUUCAAGGGAGCAAACAUUUGUGAAUCUUGUUAUAAACACUGCACGAGUAUGUCAUUUCAUAUACCAAAAAGGAGAUGGUUUUAGCGUUCAAGAUGGUGAUACAAAGAACAAGAUCAAACGUUUACUCAUUGAACCACUCAAACUUUGAAUUCGAAUCAUGAGAUAUUUAUAAUUAGAGAUACGGAGUAUAAAUAAUUAAAAUCAUGUAUUUGCAAGAGUGAAAUAAAGUCGAAAUAUUAAUGAAGCUAAAAGAGAAAAAAUGAAGUAUAAAAUGAAGUUUUUUUAGCUUACUGUUUAUUGUAAUAUUCCGAGAGUGAUGGAUAGCUUAAGUGGUUAUACCCUCUCGGUUUUAGGAGAUCCUGAAAUCGAUUCUUAUCUCGCCGUUGUAUUCUCUAAAUACCAAAAAAAUCUAUUGUAAUAUUCCCUUCGUCUAUAAAUAAUAUUCUUAUAA